UGGUCUUUAUUUAUGUAAUGUAAUGGUGUUACAUAGUAACCUAGCUUUGUGGCUGUGGAUACGUUGCAAGGGGUUAAAAGCGGACACGGACUAUUUAAAAAGAAACAUUAAUGGAGCAAUAUUACAUUGUCUUGCAUAUUGCGUCUACGGAGUUCGGAGCAGCCAGGAAAGCGUUUUGUUUUAUUUAACGUGCUCGAGAAAGGAUGUGUCCCAAACCAAAGACUAAGUUUGGGCUGGAAAUGGAUUGUGUCAGUGGGUACAUUUUUAUCCGCAAAGGGAAUUUGUAAGGUGAGCAUAUGAUAGCUGAAUUUAGCAAUAGCCUAGCUAGACAGAAACCGGUCGGGUUUUUAGCAGAUGUGAUCAAAGAAGGGGCACGUUUACUGAAUCGCUAGCUGUCAGUGUGUUAUCUAAAUCGUCCAUGCAAUACUAUUACACAGACGAGCCUCUCCGUCCGCAUUGCUUUGACGAAAUAAAGCAACAAAUCUUCCAGCGGGACGUUGUUUUGGUGACAUAACGCAUCCACCAUGGAUCUGCUGGAGUGUCCGCUCUGUCUCUUCCUGAUGUGCGAACCGGUGACCAUGUCGUGCGGUCACACGUUCUGCCGGAGGUGCGUGGGGGGCUACCUCCCGUCUAAAUGUCCAUCGUGCAAAGAGAGGUUAAAACAAAGAGAGGUGAAAAGCAUGAGGAACAACGUUUUGCUCAUCGGCGUCGUGGAGAAGUGCUGCCCCGACGAGACAAAGACCAAGUGCCAUAUACUGGAGAAGCUCAAAGCCAACGACUUCACGGAAGCUUUACGCAUCGCGAACGAGGGGCUGCAUUUAGCCCCAGAUGAUCAGAGUUUAAAACUGUACAGAGCUGAAGCUAACUGGGGCCUGAUGCGUUUCUCUGAUGCUCUGACAGACCUCGACUACCUCUGCUGCCUUCGUCCAAAUUGGACUGAGGGCUUCUUUCGUAAAGGGAAUGUAUUGCUGGAAAUGGGUCAGCAGACAGACGCCCUCAUCCAGUUCCAUCGUUGCCUAAAACUUCAAGCUGACUUUGUCCCUGCAAAGAGCCAGAUCAAGAAGAUUUUGGAGGCAGAGGGCAUGGCAGUGCCAGAGGAGGUGUCGUGCAUUUUGCAAGUGGUGUCCGAGUACCUGAAAGGACCCUGCCCCAUUACCAGCCUCAGUGGCUCCCAGGGGCCAACUUACCCUGAUGGCCUCAAACAUCCACGUGGAGAUGAGGGAGACGUUAAAGGGAAGAGAGAAGCACACCAGGGCUCCAAGGUGAAGCAUGACACAGGUACUGAGUGCUGCCUCAGCCUCUGCCAAGCUGUUUCCUUUCUCCCUGCUGCUGAAGAGGAUGAGGAGAUGAUGAUGAGGAAGGAAGAUGGGCAUGGCAGAGGUGAAAGUGGUCACAGCAGAGAGAAAUCUCUGAGUGUCCUCACUGUGUCAGACUUCGAAUGCCCUCUCUGCAUUAGGUUGUUUUUUGAGCCAGUCACCACUCCCUGUGGUCACACCUUCUGUAAAAACUGCAUAGAAAGGAGUCUGGAUCACAACCUCCGCUGUCCGCUCUGCAAACAGCCGCUACAAGAGUACUUUAAAAACAGGAAGUACAACCCCACAGUUCUGCUUCAGGACAUCAUGACCCGCCUUUUCCCCUCACAGUUAGCUGAGAGGAAACAGAUCCAUGAAGCAGAGAUGGCUGAACUGUCCAAUCUAACUAAGGACAUCCCUAUAUUUGUUUGCACGGUGGCCUACCCUGGAGUGCCCUGUCCCCUGCACAUCUUCGAGCCCCGAUAUCGGCUGAUGAUGCGUCGCUGCAUGGAGACUGGCACCAAGAAGUUUGGCAUGUGCAGCUAUGAGCAUGGCAAGGGAUUUGCAGACUAUGGCUGCAUGCUAGAGAUCCUCAGUCUGGAGUUGCUGCCCGAUGGACGGUCUUUUGUGGACACAGUGGGCGGCAGCAGAUUCAAGGUGCUUAAAAGAGGUCAGCGAGAUGGCUACCACACAGCAGAUAUUGAGUAUCUGGAGGACCUCAAGGUUGAUGGUAGUGAGAUGGAGCUUUUGGAACAUCUCCAUGACAGUGUUUACCAGCAGGCUCAGGACUGGUACCAGCGCCUCGGCAGCCGCAUUCGUGAGCAGAUCAACAGACAGUACGGCAUCAUGCCGGAUAAAGAGGAAAACAUUCAGGCCUCGUCCAAUGGUCCGGCCUGGUGCUGGUGGCUGCUGUCUGUCCUCCAGCUGGACCCUGCCUAUCAAACCACUGUCCUGUCCCUGACAUCACUCAAAGACCGAUUGGGACACCUCCGUCUCGUCCUUGAGUACUUCUCUCAGAGCUAGACUCCACAGCUCGGUGGUACUGUGACCACAACUAGCUGUGAGUCAGUUAUUGCACAUACGCAGACAAAUGAGUCAAACCAAUGAAUGCACUCACACAACAGAGUUUGUGGUCGGGGUCUACUCUGAAUAUUAAUGUCACAGCUCAAAGCCGGUCAAUAGCAGAGGGAAAGUAAUUUUAUCACAGUGUAGUUGGGUUUUUGCCGUUUGAGUUUGCAUGUGUUCUCUUUCAUACAUUUUCUUCACCAGGAAUUCAAGGGUUCAGAGUAGUUUGUGAAAAUACAUUUUACUUGCUGCAACAAUUAGAAUUACGAAGUUGACCAAAGAGACUUUCUUUUUAGGUCCGUCAGAAGUGGUAAAUUAUUAUUUGUUGAUCAACUCCAUCACUUCAAGUAAUAUUGCUGAAAAGAAGCACUAGGUGUCACUGUUUUUCUCCAAUUAUUAUGAAAGUGGAGAACAUGCAGCAUCAGCCGAACUAGUGCAGUAUUCUGUACUGCCAUGUUGCCUAUUCAGAUCAGACUCUUUGCAUUAUCAAAGCUUAGUUUGGAGUGAGAAGAAACAGCGCACAGAAUUUGUAGAGAUUUGUAGACAAUUUUUCAGGACUAUGCACAUCAGACUUUAUUUGGAUAUUGCUGAAGGGCAGUAGUUGUAAUGCUGAUAUUUUAGUUGCAUCUAUUGGCCUUGGCAGCCGUUGACUAUGGCUCAUUUUGUACUAUUGAAUAAUCCUUGAAAAAAAUCCCUAUUUAGUAUUAAAUAUUGCAAUAAUAAUUUAUAGUAGCAGCAGCUGGAGGAUCUUUUUUUAAAAUGAAUGCAGACUGCUGCUGGAUGUCUCUAGAUUCUGUUUGUUAUCAUCUGGUGGGAAAUCUGUGAAAUUAUGACAAUAAGGAGAUGGGGGUAAGUGAAUAGGAGGCAUACCAGGUUUGUUUUACAGUGUGUUAUGUAUGGUGAUGGAUUCAGCACUGUAUGUUUGUGUGUCAGCUGUAAAUAUGAAGUCAGUUUUCUCAGUAGCCAUCCUCGUUAUGUUUUAGAUAACAUAUGGUGUGGUGUCAGCACUGAUUACAGCUACUGUCAUGCCCACUCCCUUCAGGUGCAGUGGUUAUAAAUGAAGUCCCAGGACUUUGUGUUUAACAUCUCUUGUGCAGAGAUAAAAUAAUAAAGCUAGGGUCUGACUAGGGCUGAGUCCCCCUGUGGUGCCUCUGUGUAGCCCACAUGACAUACGUCUGGCCCCUGCUGUGUGUCCUGGUCUGUCUGGCCCCUCUACCACCAGUCAUGGUGCCUUUGAGUGCCUGGGAUAACUCACCAGGAGCCCUGGAAGUCUUAGAGUUUCCACACCACAUAUAGGAUGGACUGUGUGAUUUUUUUUGUCUUUUUUGCCAUUGAUUUCUAUUGAUAUAGUGCUACAUUCCAUGGAAUGUUGAAGCUGCAAUGUUUUAGUUAAUUUACUAACAAACACAGGCUUAAGUGGGUGAAGCAUAAGAGCUUUUUUUACUUUGAUAAAUGUGCCAUAGAUAUUUCUGUGUUUUGUAGGAAUAGUUAGCUAAAUAGUCACUGUGUUUAUGUUUAUCUACAUCAUGAAGUUAGUAUUCAACCCUUAUGCCUUUUGUAUGGUGGACACUAAACUGCCAUUUUUCAUGGCCAACAUAUCACUAAAAAGCUGGAGUGUGUGACUCUGAGAUAUAAACAAACGCCUAUUACAUUCAAGCCCUUGCCAGACGAGUUCACACAACGCUGAUUAAGCCUAUGGCAGGCAGUGAAAGAUCUCCAUAUGUGGCAGUGUACCAGAUUUUUGUUGUCUGGUGUCUGUGGGGAUUUUCUUGCGCUGGUGAAGCAGAAAACCAGGGCCCCUGGGGCUGCACAGCCAUACUUCAAAUCUUUUCCCUGGCCACUUGCAAAACUGCAGCAAAAAAAAAAAAAAAAAAGAAUGCUAGAAAGGUUUUUGGUGUAUCCACCUUGCGAGCUACUUAAUUGAAACAAAUGGGCACCAUCCUAGCAACCGGUGUCUAGUUGUUAGUUGCUGACCAAAAAAUGCAAAUGGCCCUAUCCAGAACCUGCGUUUGGUUUGUCUGUUUUGGGCUACUGUUGAACAAAAGAGAAUCAGAUCCAUAUGCAGAUAUAAAUAGCUCUUUUAAGCUUACAAAAAAACCUAGAAACUGUAAACUCUUAGUUUCAGGUGAUAAUACACUAAUUAAAACAUAGUUAUCAAUAUUAUAUCUAAUGUGUGCCAUUCUGUCCCCCUAAAUCCUACACACUGGACCUUUACAUAAAAAAACAAGGGCUCUCUCGGGAUAGAUGAAGCAAGCUCACCUGCAGACACAUAAUUCCUCUCACUGCCAGAGGGUGGAGACAAACGUUUCGCACUCCAGCUUUUUAUAGUCAGAAUUCAUCCAGCAAACACACACAUACACUCACUGGCCACUUUAUUAGGCACACCUGUCCAACUGCUCGUGAACGCAAAUUUCUAAUCAGCCAAUCACAUGGCAGCAACUCAAUGCAUUUAGGCAUGUAGACAUGGUCAGGACGAUCUGCUUCAGCUCAAACCGAGCAUCAGAAUGGGGAAGAAAGGUGAUUUAAGUGACUUUGAACGUGGCAUGGUUGUUGGUGCCAGACGGGCUGGUCUGAGUAUUUCAGAAACUGCUGAUCUACUGGGAUUUUCACGCACAACCAUCUCUAGGGUUUACAGAGAAUGGUCCGAAAAAGAGAAAAUAUCCAGUGAGCGGCAGUUCUGUGGGCGAAAAUGCCUUGUUGAUGCCAGAGGUCAGAGGAGAAUGGCCAGACUGAUUCGAGCUGAUAGAAGGGCAACGGUAACUCAAAUAACCACUCGUUACAACCGAGGUAUGCAGAAGAGCAUCUCUGAACGCGCAACACAUCGAACCUUGAGGCAGAUGGGCUACAGCAGCAGAAGACCACACCGGGUGCCACUCCUGUCAGCUAAGAACAGGGAACUGAGGCUACAAUUCGCACAGGCUCACCAAAAUUGGACAAUAGAAGAUUGGAAAAACGUUGCCUGGUCUGAUGAGUCUCGAUGUCUGCUGCAACAUUCGGAUGGUAGGGUCAGAAUUUGGCGUCAACAACAUGAAAGCAUGGAUCCAUCCUGCCUUGUAUCAACGGUUCAGGCUGGUGGUGGUGGUGUAAUGGUGUGGGGGGUAUUUUCUUGGCACACUUUGGGCCCCUUAAUACCAAUUGAGUAUCGUUGCAACGCCACAGCCUACCUGAGUAUUGUUGCUGACCAUGUCCAUCCCUUUAUGACCACUGUGUACCCAUCUUCUGAUGGCUACUUCCAGCAGGAUAACGUGUCAUAAAGCUCGAAUCAUCUCAGACUGGUUUCUUGAACAUGACAAUGAGUUCACUGUACUCAAAUGGCCUCCACAGUCACCAGAUCUCAAUCCAGUAGAGCACCUUUGGGAUGUGGUGGAACGGGAGAUUCGCAUCAUGGAUGUGCAGCUGACAAAUCUGCAGCAACUGCGUGAUGCUAUCAUGUCAAUAUGGACCAAACUCUCUGAGGACUGUUUCCAGUACCUUGUUGAAUCUAUGCCACAAAGGAUUAGGCAGUUCUGAAGGCAAAAGAGGUCCAACCCGGUACUAGCAAGGUGUACCUAAUAAAGUGGCCGGUGAGUGUAGAUAGUUUGUGUGAUACAGAACAGCAGCCCUGCUAGUGUGAUUCUGUAGAUAUAGAAAAAAAGGGGUAAUUGUGAGACUUGACACGCACAAAAACUUCCCAAUAAAGGGUGACCCAGUGAAUAGACAAAUUGAUUCUUAGACAGUAUUGGUCACAGGCUAACCACUGAACUCUGACCUGGGGAUUUAUUUCACUUAAGGGCAAGAAACAUUGUUUUUACAUUUUUAACAAGGGUUCUCAAUCAGCCUCAGUUGCUAUGCUGACUUUCAGAAGCUAUCUUGGAUUGAAAUUGGAGUCAAAGACUUAAAUGUGCCAGUUAUCACACCAUGUCUCCAAAGCUAGUAUUGUUGAUUUCACUGAGAAAGGAUGUAUAUUAGAAAGGUCAGUGUCUUGCUGCUACCAGACAUGAUAAAAGCUAACUCACAAACAAAAAGGGAUUGAGAUUCUUAUAGAAUAUUUUGAAUGACCAGCCUCAUAAGCCUUUGUGGUAAACGCAUGACUAGCCCACAGCCAUAAAAGCAAAUUUCACUCCCCUGUAUGACAUCAUAUUAGAAAAGAAAAAAGUUGUGGUGGGUUUUGUUCUCAGAUAAUGUUCUGUUUAUCACAUUUCUUUCUCGUCUUUAAAUCAUGCACAAUUUUCUGUCUCUUUUUAUGACCUAUAGAUGCCGCCUUUCAUUGAACAACAUGUUGAUGUAUGCUGAUCACAGGAUCGUAUUGGUUUACUCUAUUUCAAAUUAAUGUUUGCACCAGUGUGCAAUUUUACAUCACGAAAAAAUUCUUCAUAUGUUUGAAAAAGUAAUGAUUGUACCCUCACAUAUUUGAUCCAACUAAUUGGUCAGUUUUGUGUUUAAUUUUUCUAUAAUCUUGUAAUAGGUUCAGUUAAUGUAUAGCAGUACAGUCAUGACUUUAGACUGCAACUCUUGCCCAUCAGUACUCUGGCAGAUGUCCAUUAGCUGUAGUUGCAGUAUAAUUGGGCUUUCAGAAAAUGUCCAACGCAGUUCAAACAAUUUGCACCAAACACAGAACACGGAGCAUAAUAUGAGACUCGUUCUUGGCAGCAAGUCCCCUGUGAGAACAAGUCUUACACUUGUAUGCUUGGGAAGGGCUGUGAACAGCACCAUGGUGUUGCUGUGUGCUGCAGCUCAAAGGAAAUGGUGGCUGAUGUGGUCUAAUGUCAGUGGUCUGCACAGUAUGAACUAGAGAUGUGCAUUGUUAUCACUCUGUGCUCACGUACUUCGAUGUUAUACUAAAGCAAUUCCUGUCUGAUUCAUUUGUAUUCACCCCCAAGCAGCAAAUUAUCUUGAUCUGAUUAUUGUUUAUUCGCUUGCCCCCUGGAUGACUUUUUAAAUGUUAUUAUAAAUAAAGCUUUUCAAAUCAAA